GGCAACCAUUUGACCCUUCACUUUCAGUCCUAAAUGCGGUUUCUAAUGUCAUAUGUGCUUUGAGUUUUGAACAUCAGUUUUCUGAAGAAGACGAAGACUUCCAGAAGCUGGUUCACGCUCUUAAAAUUAUUUUUAAAUUCUUUGGUGACUCUUUUCAUGCGGUGUAUGAUUUGUUCCCACAAUUAAUGAAGUAUCUCCCAGGCCCUCACAAGAAAGCCCUGGCUUCUCUGGAUAUUAUCCUUGAAUUUGCAAAGCAGGAAAUAGAGAAACACAAGGAAUCUCACUGUCUGCAAGAACCACAAGAUUUCAUUGAUUACUAUCUUCUUCAGAUGGAGAAGGUUGGGUUUAUUGUGGUUGUAUUGACACAGAGCAGGAAUGACCCUGACUCUACCUACAGUGAAGAGAAUCUGGCUCAGUGUAUUUUUGAUUUUUUUGGUGCUGGAACAGAGACAACCUUCGCUACUCUGAUGUGGGCACUGCUUCUCUUGACAAACCACCCUGACAUCCAAGAGAAAGUUCAGAAAGAGAUUGAGGAUGUGUUUGGCUGUUCGGGGUCAAUUUCCUAUCAGGAUAAGAAGAAGCUGCCCUACACCAAUGCCGUGAUUCAUGAAAUGCAGCGUGUAAAAUAUGUCUUACUAUAUGGGGUUCCAAGGCAAAGCACGAAGGAUGUGGAGAUGAGGGGUUACCACAUUCCAAAGGUGAGAAACGUGUUUGGGCUGCAUUGCAGUAGCCCAACAUGGAAGGAAAACGAGAAUAAAACACUUGGACAGAAGGUGUCUCUGUUCAGGAAGUGCCAAUUAGUCAUGCAAAACUGUGAACGUGUAUGUGUGGGAGAACAGCUAGCAAGAAUUGAGACCUUCGUCUUUCUGACCAGCCUGUUGAGGGCCUUCCGUUUCCGGUUGCCUGAAGGAGUGAAAGAACUCAAUGAAGCACCUGUUGCAAAGAUGACAAUGCACCCACACCCUUACAAACUGUGUGCUAUUUCCACACAGGCAUAAAAAGCACAAUAAAAAGCAUGAAACUGUUUCCUA